CCCGUGUUAUCAGUGUUGUAGCUUCUUCCCACAACCUGCCAAAAGCAAUGGCCAACCCAGCUCUGACAGAAGAUGCUGUGAGCCCAGGUGCGGUUGCUUGGGUCUUGACCUCAACGGCAUUCGUGUUCUUAAUGACUGCGGGGCUUGGCUUCUUCUAUGGUGGCCUGGUGCGCGACACAAACAUCAUCAACACCAUGAUGAUGAGCGUGGUGUCCAUGGGAAUCGUGACUCUGACCUGGGUUGUCUUUGGCUUCUCAUGGGCAUUUGGAGACAAUGGUUCCACUGGAUUCGGCAUGUUCGUUGGCAACUUCGACUACAGCCUUUGGAUGGAUUUGGACAUGAAGAUGUGGGGUGACUCCGGCCUCCCAGCUUUGGUGUUCGCUGCCUUCCAGAUGACCUUUGCCAUCAUUUCUUCUGCAAUCAUUUCCGGCUCGUUGGUGGAGCGCAUGCGUUUCAGUGCCUACUGCAUCAUGCUUGCUCUGUGGUCCCUUCUGAUCUACGCACCUUUGUGCCACUGGGUUUGGGGCCCUGGCGGCUGGAUUGGUGAGAUGGGAGCUCUGGACUUUGCGGGUGGAACUGUGGUUCACAUCAGCUCCGGUGUGUCCGGCCUUGUUGCCGGUGGCAUCCUUGGACCACGCAGGCACGUGGAGAAGGAUUUGGGCCCUGCCAACGUCCCUUUCGUGAUCUUGGGCGGUUGCCUCCUUUGGUUCGGCUGGUUGGGAUUCAAUGGCGGUUCUGCGUUGUCCGUGACAGACGGAGUUGCAGCCCGUGCAGUGGCCACCACUUUCGUGGCUUCGGCCUCAUCCAUGCUGACAUGGUUGGCCCUGGAGCGCAUCUUGAAGGGCAAGUCUACCAGUGUCGGAGCAUCUGUUGGUGCUGUUGCAGGCCUGGUGUGCAUCACACCUGCAGCCGGCUUUGUGACUCCUGGCUGGAGCAUCGCAAUUGGUGCCUUGGGAGCUCCUUGGUGUUUCGCUACUGUGGAGCUGAUGAACAAGAUCAACUUGGUGGAUGACACUCUUGAUGCGUUCGGCUUGCAUGGUUCGGGUGGCAUCGCAGGUGCCAUCUUGACCGGCAUUUUUGCAGUGGAAGAUGGCCUCAUCUACAGCGGUAGCUUCUUGCUGCUGGGCAAGCAGAUUGCCGGUGCCCUGGCUGGUGUGGCUUUCUCUGCUGUGGGCACUGCCAUCAUUGUCGGAGUCAUGAAGCUGCUGCUGAAGUUGCGCAUUCCCGAAGAGCACGAGGUUGGUGGUGUUGAUCAACACACUCACGGUGAGAGCUACCACAGCCCCGUGAAGCAGUACCCCAAGGCCAAGUCUUCAGAUGUUUCGGAGUCCACUGAGCAGCCAUUUGAGACAGUGUGA